GAAGUCAAAAAGUCUGGAAAAAAUUACCCAGUCCUGGCGGCGAGCAGCCCAUUGAACCAGGGACUUGAACCAGCCCCAGCCAAAGACUUUCUCCUGAUGCUGCCUGGGUUCUGCUAAGUCUUCACCCGGCUUUUUUGUGAUAUCAGGGGGGAAAAAACACAAAACAACACUUUUCUGAUAUCGGGGGAGAGGGACUGGAGAGGAAGGAAAAGAAAAAGAAAAAAAAAAAAAAGAAGAAAGAAAGAAAAGCAAGAAAGAAGAAAAAGGAGAAAGAAAAAGAAAAAGGCUCAAGUGCAACAGAUAUAGUAAAGAAAAUUCAGUGAAGUUUUCCUGAAAAGUGGGGAGAACCAAAUACUGAAGUCUCACCUAUACAUUUUUAAAUGUUGUUUUUAAAUUUUUUAUUCUUUUUGGCCGGUCGUCUCAAAUUCAUCUGACCUUAUUACCUCAAUUUUGGAAACUGCUCUCCACCGACCCUCCGAGACCACACAGAUAGACUGAGGACGACUUUAUGACCAAAAGCUGAACAAGAUGCAUUGUGAGAGAUUUCUAUGCAUCCUGAGAAUAAUUGGAACCACACUUUUCGGAGUCUCUCUUCUCCUUGGACUCACAGCUGCUUAUGUUGUUGGCUACCAGUUUAUCCAUACGGAUAAUUACUAUUUCUCCUUUGGACUCUAUGGUGCCUUUUUAGCAUCACACCUCAUCAUCCAAAGCCUAUUUGCCUUUUUGGAGCAUCGAAAAAUGAAAAGGUCCCUAGAAACCCCAAUUAAGUUGAACAAAACAGUUGCUCUCUGCAUUGCUGCCUAUCAGGAAGAUCCCACCUACUUAAGGAAAUGUUUGCAAUCUGUGAAAAGGAUCACCUACCCUGGAAUUAAAGUCGUCAUGGUCAUAGAUGGCAACUCAGAUGACGACCUUUACAUGAUGGAUAUCUUCAGUGAAGUCAUGGGCAGGGACAAGUCCACCACUUACAUCUGGAAAAACAACUUCCACGAAAAGGGUCCCGGGGAGACGGAGCAGUCGCACAAAGAGAGUUCGAUAUAUGUUACCCAGUUGGUCUUGUCCAACAAAAGUAUCUGCAUCAUGCAAAAGUGGGGUGGAAAGAGGGAAGUCAUGUACACAGCCUUCAGAGCCCUGGGACGAAGUGUGGAUUAUGUGCAGGUCUGUGAUUCAGAUACCAUGUUGGACCCUGCCUCAUCUGUCGAGAUGGUUAAAGUUUUAGAAGAAGACCCCAUGGUUGGAGGAGUUGGAGGAGAUGUCCAGAUUUUAAACAAGUAUGAUUCUUGGAUUUCCUUCCUCAGUAGUGUGAGAUAUUGGAUGGCUUUCAACAUAGAGAGAGCUUGCCAGUCUUACUUUGGGUGUGUCCAGUGCAUCAGUGGACCUCUGGGAAUGUACAGAAACUCCUUGCUCAAUGACUUUGUAGAAGACUGGUACAAUCAGGAAUUUAUGGGCAAUAAAUGUAGUUUUGGUGAUGACCGACAUCUCACGAACCGGGUGCUGAGUCUGGGUUAUGCAACAAAAUACACAGCUCGAUCCAAGUGCCUUACUGAAACCCCUAUAGAAUAUCUCAGGUGGUUAAAUCAGCAGACCCGUUGGAGCAAGUCCUAUUUCCGGGAGUGGCUGUACAAUGCAAUGUGGUUUCACAAACAUCACUUGUGGAUGACUUACGAAGCGGUUAUCACUGGAUUCUUUCCUUUCUUUCUCAUUGCCACAGUCAUCCAGCUCUUCUACCGGGGGAAAAUUUGGAACAUCCUCCUCUUCUUGUUAACUGUUCAGUUAGUCGGUCUCAUAAAAUCCUCGUUCGCCAGCUGCCUUAGAGGAAACAUCGUCAUGGUCUUCAUGUCGCUCUACUCAGUGUUGUACAUGUCAAGUUUACUUCCUGCCAAGAUGUUUGCGAUUGCAACCAUAAAUAAAGCUGGGUGGGGCACAUCUGGAAGGAAAACCAUCGUGGUGAAUUUCAUAGGACUCAUUCCAGUAACAAUUUGGUUUCUAAUCCUCCUGGGUGGGGUGAUUUUCACCAUUUAUAAGGAAUCUAAAAAGCCAUUUUCAGAUUCCAAACAGACCAUUCUAAUUGUUGGAGCCUUACUCUAUGCAUGCUAUUGGGUCAUGCUUCUGAUGCUCUAUGUGGUUCUCAUCAGUAAAUGUGGCAGGCGGAAGAAGGGGCAACACUUUGACAUGGUGCUUGAUGUAUGAUCUUACAAUGUUUGGCAUUUGCAGUCACACACACAGACACACAUAACAGCUUGGUUCCUUUAGGAACUGUACAGUAUUGUGACAUCAAAUAAUGCCACCAAAGGAGAUAUAUCACUGCUGCUGGGACUUGAACACAAACAUUUCUAUGGGUUUAUGUUGAUUCUGCCAAAGUAAAAUGAUACAUCAAACAAGAAGAAACUCAGAUUUAGCCUUUUAUUCCUAUGAACAUGGGAUGGCUUCUUUGUUUAUGCACUUUUUUGUUAGUGUACAGCUGUCUGACAAUGGUUUGCCCUAUAUACCUCACUAGCUAUGCUUUACGUGGGUUAUCGUGGAAGAAAAAGAUUUUUAGAAACUCAAGGAAAAGUUCUUUCAGCCUAUACAACCUAACUUAUGGACUGUUUUGAUAGCUAAUUUUUUUUUAAAGGAAUGAUUUUACGUCUAAUUCUACCAAAUGAAAUGCCAAAGGAAAUUUUUUUAUGGCUGUUGCCUGUGCUGUAUUUUUAUAUAAUUGUGCUGUGUCUUAAAAGUUUUGUAUGCCAAUUUUUAAAACAAAUUUUGCAUCUUCUAUAUUUUACUUUUCUGCCAAAACGAUCUUGUUCUUCCUCUUUUUUUUUUUAAUAAAAUAGGUUUUGAAAAAAUUCAUACUUAAAAAAAGUCCUGCCCAAAAUGUGAAGCUUGGUUGAAUCAUGUUGUUCAUGAUAGAAAGAAUAAAAUGUUUCUCUCUCUCUCUACCUUGUAAAAUUGAAUAGUUUAUUUCUGUGAAAAGUAUUUAAACUUUGAAUACUUUAACUCUUUUUAAUUUUUUUUUUUUUAGAAAAGGCCAGUAUAGCUGUUACACUUUAGGAGUAGAAGUACAUUCUUAUGUGUGUACAAAAAGAAAAAAAAAUGGAAAAUCAAGGCCAAAAGGGUAGAAAAGUGCAAUUUUUUCACAAUAUAAAAGGAAUGCUAAUUCUUGAAAACAAACACCAAGAAUCCAGCACUGGACUAAAACAUGAACACAAAUGAUAAGUAAUCUUUAGACAUUCUGGCAGUGUUAGCCCAGGCCAAGUAAAAUGGGAAGUAGGAGAGAAAAACAUUAUCUCUAUAAUUUGGGCAAACAAAGC